UGGCGGAGGCGGAGACCAGGCUGAAGCUUCAGAAUCAUUCGGGUAUAAAACAUAAAGGUGUGGGUUUGGAGGAAGAGGAGGUGGCCGGGCCUGUUCAGAUUGUGGUGGCAGAUGAAGAUAAGAACCAUUUUUUUAUGGACGAGCAGGCAUUGGAGCGCAUCCUGCUGCAGGAGCACAUCCGUGAUCUCAACGUGGUGGUGGUGUCGGUCGCCGGUGCAUUCCGCAUGGGCAAGUCCUUCCUGCUGGAUUUUAUGCUCCGAUACAUGUACCAUCAGAAAUCAACCACAUGGCUUGGAGGAGAUGAUGAACCACUGACGGGCUUCACCUGGCGAGGGGGCUGUGAGAGAGAGACCACAGGAAUCGUGGCCUGGAGUGAAGUGUUUGUAGUUGAGAAACCAGAUGGGACCAAGGUGGCUGUGCUUCUCAUAGACACACAGGGAGCCAUCGAUAGCCAGUCCACCAUUAAAGACUGUGCCGCCCUCUCCGCCCUCAGUACCAUGACCAGCUCUGUUCAGAUUUAUAAUUUAUCUAAGAAUUUGCAAGAGGAUGAUCUUCAACAUUUACAGCUUUUUACAGAAUAUGGACGACUUGCUAUGAAGAUGUACCAAAAACCAUUUCAGUCAUUAAUGUUUCUUAUAAGAGACUGGAGUUACCCGUAUGAACAUGCAUAUGGCCUGGAAGGAGGCAAAACAUUUUUAGAGAAAAGGCUGCAAGUGAAACCGAACCAACACGAGGAUCUUCAGGAUGUCCGGACUCACAUCAACUCCUGUUUCUCCAACAUCAGCUGCUUCCUGUUGCCUCACCCUGGGCUCAAGGUGGCCACAAACCCCCAUUUUGACGGCAGGUUGAAAGACAUUGAUCCUGAUUUUAAAAAGGAGUUGGUGAGUCUCAUCCCACUGCUGUUGGCUCCAGAGAACUUGGUGGAGAAAGAAAUCAGUGGUUCUAAAGUCACAUGUAGAGAACUUGUACAGUAUUUCAAAGCCUACAUGAAAAUAUAUCAGGGAGAAGAGCUGCCACAUCCAAAGUUCAUGUUGGAGGCAACAGCUGAAGCUAACAACCUUGCCACAGUUGCAGUAGCAAAGGAGACUUACAUCAAGAGCAUGGAACAGGUAUGUGGUGGAGACAAGCCCCACAUUGCCCCAGCUGAUUUGGAGUGCAGCCACGUUGAGCUGAAGCAGAGAUCCAUACAGCAGUUCUGCACCAUUAAGAAGAUGGGAGGCUCGGAGUUCUGUCAGCGCUACCAGGAGCAGCUGGAGGCCGAGCUGGACGAGGCUUACACCAGCUACGUCAAGUACAAUAAUGGAAAGAACAUUUUCUAUGCAGUGCGCACGCCAGCUACACUCUUUGUCCUCACGUUUACCAUGUAUGUGGUAUUGUGUAAAUGUGUGCGGUUUAAAUAAUGGUAAACUGUGUCAACGCUGUUUAACAUGAUUAUGGGCGUGGCCCUUGUGUCUCUGGACACCUGGGCGCAUGUCAAAGCGUCAUCGACCAGGUGGCAGAAACUCUCUAGGAGCAGAUGGGUUAUUCUCAACCUGCCAAUUCUCUCGGUUAAUUUCCUUUGUGUGAUCUGUUUUUCUUUCUCUUUUGGUUUUGAAACCAAAUUCUUUUAAUUCACAUUAAAAGAAACAAUAUUCCACGGUAUUCUACUUGUUGAUUCGCCACAGUUGUACUUCUGAUGUUCUCUUAGUGUGACAAUUUUUAAAUGUUUAUUUUCUAUUUAUUUAUUUUGUCAAUUUGUGAUGUUCAUAUCAAAUAUUCCAACUUAAACUGUACUGCCAAGCAUAAAAUCAUCUUUACCAUAUGCUGUAAAGAUAUGUUCUCAACAACAAAAAAGGACAAACUGUUCUGGCCCUGUUAAUUGUAGUUAAAUUUGUUUUAGUUGACCCCUGCUGGUUAUUUUUAUAAGUGACAUGUGACAGGAAAGUGUGUGUGUUUCAGGAAGUAAUGUAGUAAAAGCAAUGUGAAAAGCAUGUUGUAUGUGACUAUCAGUCAGUGGCGAUUUUUUUAAGACUGCAAGGGAAGCUCAGCUUCUCCUAUAAUGUCACAAAAUUAAUGGUCAAAUUAUGUACUAUUGUAUUAACAUUUUAUUGACUAAAAAUGCGUUAAAAAAUGUUCAUCUCAAAGACGAGUUCGUUCAGAAUCAGUUAGAUAUAGCAGGUCGGCUGACUUGAUUUUCUUCUCAUACAUACCCGUA